AUGACCCAUCGAGGCGAGAAGCCACAUACCUGCCUCUAUUGUCCUGUGGCCUCGUCGCGCAAGGAUGUCAUUGUUCGUCACAUACGAAACUUCCACCCGCAUGUUGUCGGCAACGAACAUGCCUCCUCCACUGCGAAACAAAGCCGACAAACCAACGUCGGCGCAGAAGCUUCAAGACCCGAUGCAGCACCGCGCAGUGUAUCUCCUCCAACGUCACCAGCUGCAUCAACAGCACCAGAAGCACCAGCUGCAUCAACAGCACUAGCAGCACCAGCAGCAUCAACAGCACUAGCAGCACCAGCAGCAUCAACAGCACCAGCAGCACCAGCAGCACCAGCAGCACCAGCAGAAGGCGUUCAAGGACCACAAGAGCUGGGGCACUGCGAUCCCCGGCAUCACAACCACGACCAUCCUCUGGACAAUCAUAUGGACCAAGAUCAGGAGGCCCAGAGUGCACAGUUUGAUGAGUGCUUGCUAUCUCUCGAUGACUUGUUUCCACCAGUCCUUGAAAAUAGCCCAAUGGGAAUUCUUGGGUCGUGGAUGGAGCCGCCAGUUUCUAAUAGCGCCUUCACAGAUACCAUCGACGUCCAAGCUUUCUUUUCGAGCGCACAAGACCUUGUGAACGGGCAGUCGACCAAUUUUGCGGGGCAAUCCCCAGUAUCCAUUCGCCUGGAACCAGAGUCCGCCUCACGAAGCAAAGACAGCCACACUAGCAGUGACACCGCGUCUUCUGAGUCGGCCAUGGCGAUAGACGACGACGAUUGCGCUAAGGCAUGCGCAAAGCUCGCCACGUAUCCGAAGCAUAUCCUCGACUCGGUGCGGGUUCCCUCCAAGUACACCAUGAGGCGCUUUGUCCGAGUGUUUUUCAGGCAUGUCGCUCGGCACGUACCUAUUGUGCACGAGCCAACAUUCAGCCUUGCUGCAGCAUCGUCACCUUUGCUGCUCGCGAUAAUGGCGAGCGGCGCGGCCUUCUUGAGUGAGCGGACCGUGGCUAAUUCCAUGUGCUCGGCUGCCGUGCAAUUGAUCUUCCAGCACGACUGCCAGACGGCGGCUGGAGAAGUCGACUGCACGACAAAGUUAGCGACGCUUCAGGUUCAUCUGCUUCUAAGUUAUAUUGGCAUACACUGCGGAAUGGAACAGUGGCCCGCUUAUGCCUAUCCUCUCGCUGUAAAUUGUGCGAACGGGGCUCUCAGGGAACUAAAAGCAUAUCCGGUCACGACAUACAAAGAAUGGGUGCUCCAGGAAAGUAUCAACAGGUGCCUUGCAGUGACAGUUCUCAUUGGCGCGGCCCCUGAUUCACUAGGGAAGGAGAAAUGCUUUGUCACCCCAAUAAGCAACACUAGAUUUGCUCUCCCAUCUAGAACCGCCGAUUGGCUAGUGGACGAACCUAAUUGGAAUCCUCCUGGUGGUACCGAUUCUCUCGAAGACGCAGCAAGGAGCGUUCUCUCCGGGCGAAAACCCAACCUGCCUGUCAGCGAGUUCGGUCUAGUUACCAUCGUAGCGCUGAUACUCUACCGUGUCUGUUCAUUCGAAACGAUGACCACCUCGUUCAACGAAGAGCUAUUCCCCGAAUUCGUUGGCAAGAUGGAAAAGGCAGUACAGGCUCUCGAUGAUAUGCUAAGGGAUCGAUUGAGUAAUGUGAGAUCUGGCCUGCCACCAGAUCCAACCCUGCAAUGCGCCAAGUCGUUGUUAAACUCAAUCUUCUAUCAUCUAUACGGAAGUCUCCCUUUAGCAAGUAUGAAGAAGUUGUUUAGCCCCUCUGCCCCGCCGAUGAUGCUGGGGGAUAUUACGCAUUUAUUUGACCGGGUCAGUUCAUCACACUUGUACUACAAGGGAGUGGGCCGAGCGGCGGACCAAUUACGUAUCGACUGCCAAUUAGGCUUGGAUUACCUGCAGAGAGUGACUCAUGAGUUUGGACCAGAGUGUGCAAUGAGCACUUUCGAAGGAAAUUUGCUACUUUAUUGGUACCUCGAGUUUGUCCGACCUCUUCUCCCUCAGCUAGAGUUACGCGAUACCGUUCGUAAGUUGAUCAACGAGGGGUUUUCCGAAGUCCACGAUUUGGAGCUACAGCUGCAGGAUCAAAUCGCGAUCAUUCCGCUGGUCAUCACGAGUAGAUUAUUAUCUGAUCAAGAACAUCUCACCGCCAUCGUGGGUGGCGCCGAGUGGGGUUGGGGUCAGAGGAUCCGUAUGCUACCGGAGCUACUGCAGAGCAAUGUUGGCAUCGAUACUGAUGGCUCUAAGAUCGUCACUUCAAAUCUUGCGGUGCUGCGUUGGUACUUUUCGCGGUAUGUGAAGCACGAGGCGCUUCGCCUGGGCUGGUUCCUCUCCUGA